ACGGCCGCAGUAGUGCGUCUUUCAUUCUCUCCUCAUUCUCCGCACCAACCGCCUCCGCCCAGCGUCCCGCCUCUCCAACGUCCGCGACCAGCACCCGCCCGACGCGCCUCGCUUCACCGCCCACCUCCAGCCCUAUCCCGGGCCCACCUCACCCGCAUACGUGAUGAACCCGUCCUACCCAGUAAAUGGCAAUCCGUACCCUUCCUCGCCCUCGCCCUUCAACCAGCCGACGGCAGCCGCGUCGCCGGCCAACGGCCAGAGCCCACACCUUCCCUCGGGCAUGCCGAACCACGUUACCCAUUAUUCUUACGCCCUCCAUCAUCCCUCAUACCCUCAGCAUGGCUACCCUUCAUACCCGUCCUACCCGUCCUCGGGUAUGAUGCACAUGUAUGGCGGCUCGCAGUCCGGUCACGCCGAGAGCAGCGCGCGCAGCCCCGCCAUCCCAUCGCCCGUCCCGCCGUCCGCGUCCACCGCAGGUACUAAGCGUAAAAGGAAGUCAUCCGAUGGUCCUUUAGAUUCCAGGGCAUCUAAUCAAGGUCUUACAACAGAUUCCAGUGGUGACAUUGCGCGCUCGUCUUCGACCCAGGGCCCUUCGACCUCCGUUGUCGACACCAAGAAGCGCACCAAGACCCAGCGCGCAUGCGACAGCUGCCGGAGUCGCAAGAUCAGGUUGGUGUUGCGUUGUCCUCCCCGCCGCCCCCUUGGUUCUUCCUCGGCUGGUCCUCUUUCCUGCCAUGUUGUAUCUAUUCCAUACCCUCUACCUUCUUCUCGAGCGGGCUGACGCCCUCAUCCGUUUCACAGAUGCGAUGUUCUUUCCGACAGCGAGCCGCCGGUAUGCCAGCAUUGCAAGCAGUACGGCUUCGAGUGCACGUUCUUCCUUCCGAUCACCGAGACGCGAUUCAAGAAGAAGAAAUUGGAGGAAGAGGCCGCGGCUGCGGCAGCAGACAAGGACAAGGAGGGCGAGCGGAGUACACAAUCGCCACAAGCAGACAACGCGAAGAGUGGGGAUGUCAGGGUGUUCGGUGCG